AUGAAGUCGAUCCUGGAUGGCCUUGCAGAUACCACCUUCCGCACCAUCACCACAGACCUCCUCUACGUGGGCUCAAAUGACAUUCAGGGUAGUCCCUUCCAGGAAAAGAUGACUGCAGGAGACAACUCCCAGUUGGUGCCAGUGGUAGACACAACAAAUAUCACAGAAUUCUACAACAAGUCCCUCUCUUCAUACAAGGAGAAUGAGGAGAACAUUCAGUGUGGGGAGAACUUUAUGGACAUGGAGUGCUUCAUGAUUCUGAACCCCAGUCAGCAGUUGGCCAUAGCCGUGCUGUCCCUCACACUGGGCACCUUCACAGUUCUGGAGAACCUGCUGGUGCUGUGUGUCAUCCUGCAUUCCCGCAGUCUCCGAUGCAGGCCUUCCUACCACUUUAUUGGCAGUCUGGCAGUGGCUGACCUCCUGGGGAGCGUCAUUUUUGUCUACAGCUUUGUUGACUUCCAUGUGUUCCACCGUAAAGACAGCCCCAAUGUGUUUCUGUUCAAACUGGGUGGGGUCACGGCCUCCUUCACAGCUUCUGUGGGCAGCCUGUUCCUCACAGCCAUCGACAGGUACAUAUCCAUUCACAGGCCUCUGGCCUAUAAGAGGAUCGUCACCAGGCCCAAGGCUGUAGUGGCCUUUUGCCUGAUGUGGACUAUUGCAAUAGUAAUUGCUGUGCUGCCUCUCCUUGGCUGGAACUGCAAGAAGCUACAAUCUGUUUGCUCGGACAUUUUCCCACUCAUCGAUGAAACCUACCUGAUGUUCUGGAUUGGAGUCACCAGCGUGCUGUUGCUGUUCAUUGUGUAUGCAUACAUGUACAUUCUCUGGAAGGCUCACAGCCAUGCAGUCCGCAUGAUUCAACGUGGAACCCAGAAGAGCAUCAUAAUCCACACAUCAGAAGAUGGCAAGGUGCAGGUGACUCGGCCGGACCAAGCUCGAAUGGACAUUAGGCUGGCCAAAACCCUCGUCCUGAUCCUGGUGGUGUUGAUCAUCUGCUGGGGCCCUCUGCUUGCAAUCAUGGUAUAUGAUGUCUUUGGAAAGAUGAAUAAGCUUAUCAAGACAGUGUUUGCCUUCUGUAGUAUGCUCUGCCUGCUGAACUCCACCGUGAACCCCAUCAUCUACGCUCUGAGGAGCAAGGACCUCAGACAUGCUUUCCGCAGCAUGUUCCCUUCAUGAGAAGGAACCCCCCAGCCUCUAGAUAACAGUAUGGGGGACUCAGACUGCCUGCACAAGCACGCCAACAACACAGCCAGCAUGCACAGGGCCGCGGAAAGCUGCAUCAAGAGCACGGUUAAGAUCGCCAAGGUGACCAUGUCUGUGUCCACAGACACGUCUGCCGAGGCUCUGUGA